AAGGAGGCGUGGCGCUCUGGGGGCAAGUCCUGCUCUGUCUGUUGCAGUUCGCUCGCCCGGGUAAAUGUCGUCGCCCCCAGCACAUGACUGCUCGGAGUUGUCGACAGUUGAACGAGGGAAGCUUGUUUGGAGUGGCGACUUGUUAGCGAGUGAAUGAAAUGGAUCUUCAUAUCUUGGAUUAUCGACUGAGAGUGACCAGCAUCAACACGGCCGGCUUGUCCCGCUACACGCAUGCACUCAUUAAGUUGGUCUUCCUGAGUAACCGGACGAGGUGCAAGUUCUUCAGCCUGACUGAGACCCCAGAAAACUACACCGUGGUUCUUGAUGAGGAAGGAUUUAAAGAGCUGCCAGAAUCGGAACACUUGCAGGUGGAGAGUGACAUAUGGCUACCCUUAAAUGUGCUCUGCGAUCGCAAUGCAUCCAGCAGUUCCGACACUGUGGGAGUCACCAAAAUUGCCACAUCUGUUAUUAUCCCUCUCGCUGAGCAGCACGUUUCGGUGUUCAUGCUGUCUACAUACCAGACUGACUACAUUCUGGUGCGUGAAAAGGAUCUUCCAGUAGUGAUUCAUACCCUGGAACAAGAGUUUGCCAUUUACAGAGAAGUGGGAGGAGAGACAUUUCGCGUGUAUAGUGAGGACACUGACGUCGAGGAAGAUAGAAAGGAAGCUGUAAAGAUGAAGGUACAUCCUGUAUUGAGCCCUGAUAACCGUUUUUCAGUGAUGAGCUUAGAUCCAGCCACCCUGCCCACCAUAGCCACUAUACUCAUUGAUGUCCUUUUCUAUUCCAACUGCUCUGCAGAAGUUGAAAACUAUGCAUCUCUGGGACUAGACUAUAUUAAGUUCUUCUCUUUCUCUUUGAUCGAUGGCUACAUCUCAAUUGUAAUGGACACAGAAACUCAGAGAAGAUUUCCCAGAGAACUUUUGUUUACAAGCUCAUCAGGAGAGCUAUGGAGAAUGGUGCGCAUUGGAGGACAGCCUUUAGGCUUUGAUGAGUGUGGCAUUGUUGCUCAGAUAUCGCAGCGUUUGGCAGAAGCUAAUAUUUCUGCUUAUUACAUCAGCACCUUCAGCUUUGACCAUGCCUUGGUUCCUGAAGAGGACAUCUCAUAUGUGAUCAGAAUGUUGGAGAAGCCAUUGACUGAACUGUAAGGACAGUCGUGAAGGGCCAAGCACUACAAAAUACAGGAGCACAAGCAGAAGACAGGAAGACAGAAUAUCUUAUUAAAGUAGGGAUGUGUAGCCUUGGAGUGGUGGAGAUUUAGCAGGUGUGAUUACAUGCAGCUUCCAGUCCAUAUUUAAAAUGGAAUGGAUUGGGAAAACUCAUGUAGCAGUGGUCUUGACAUACACUUUGUUUGCAUUUUAAUGGCCUACAUAUUUUUUUUUUCUUUUUUAUGAGAGUUCUGCUUUGAAUUUAUGACAUUUUUACUGGGUGCAGGAAUAUGAGAGCCUAAUUGCAUGCAUUUCAUUUUAAUAGUUGGUGGUUGAAACCUCAAGCCUGUGAAAUGAGUUGGCUGGAGGGAGGUAAUCCACGUUUAUUGGUGCUAUUAUUAUCAUGACUGGAUGAAUGAAAGGACUAGAGCUGAUGGCUAGAAACUGACCGUUCUGUGCCUUAACUUUAUUUCAGGAUGACCAGGAAAGGAAGCUAUUUGAGAGAGACAUGGCAAUGUUUUUCCCUCCUGUGUAUAUAGACAUUUAAAACAGGACACUUGCCAUCUGUAGCACUUACCAUUUACCCCCCUCCACGUAUUGUCUAGAUGUGCACUUACUUUAUUAUAAUGUAGUCUCUAAUCAAGGCAUUGUUAAUUUACAUUUAUUGCAUAAACGCAUAGCUGUCAGCUUAAAUACUGCCUUUUUAAGCAUUUUUUAUUUUUGGAUUCAGUUACAGCAGGCUUCUCACAUUGGUUUUAUAUGGGAAAACGACCCCUCCUCGCUUAUUUAACAACCACAUAUCUGCAUUCAUAUAAAUUGGGUUGAAUACAUGUGUGGCUGUGUGUAUGAAAUACAAAAUGCAUUGUUUUACUGCAUGAUACUAACAUAUGAACUCUCCUAGGCAGUGCAGUAUUUGACAUAUCUGAUAUAGAAAACCCCCUAUGGGAUGUUGUGCCAGAAAGCCUACACCUGAUGGUCAACAGUAUUAAAAAUGUAAAAACUGUUGAAUUUCAUUGAUUUAGACAGCAGCAGCAGAAGGGCUGUAGAGGGGUGUGUGUGUGUAUUUGAGGGAGUAUGUGGACAAGGUUCUUUUUUCUUCUUUCUCUUUUUUGUACAGUCAGUUACAAUUACUCAGUAAAAGACUUCUAAUUACCCUU